UUGCAGAACGCAACUUCCCAACCAUACCGGAUCCAAAAGCCGACUUUUAGAAACUUCAGUGGGACCAAAUUUCCAUUGCCAGUACGAACUGUAGUUGAACCUCACUUUGACACAGAAAUCAGAAGUUGGAAUCCCGCCCUUCGGCCUCGACCUCUGCUCACUUCACCUGCGAAAUACCUGCCUGACAACAUCGUAACCAUGAACUCUGAAGCAGCCGAGUACAAGCCCAAUGCCUCGGGGACCGCCCCGAAGCAGCUCGAAUACAUCCCGCAUCUCAAACUGAGUGACGGGAAUGAAAUUCCCAUGCUCGGCUAUGGCCUCGGAACAGCCAAUUACAAGCGCGGUGCCAACAGGGACAAGUUCGACGAGAAGAUCGUAAACAAUGCCGUGACCGCCAUUAAGAGCGGCUACUACCACCUCGAUGGCGCCGAGGUCUACGGCAAUGAACCGGAACUCGGCGCCGCCAUCAGCCGCAGCGGCGUCCCGCGGAGCAAGCUCUUCAUCACCACCAAGACCUCCUGCCGGCCGGGCGACUCGAUCGAGGCGGCCUUCUCUCGCUCCCUCGCCAAGCUAAGAGUGGACUACGUCGACCUGUACCUGAUCCACAGCCCCUUCUGGGCGGGCUCCCCCGCCGAACUGCAGCAGAAAUGGGCCGAGAUGGAAGCCCUGAAAGAUUCCGGCCGGGCCCGGUCCAUCGGCGUGUCCAACUACCUCCGCGAGCACCUCGAGGCGGUCUUGGCCACGGCCAAGCACCCGCCUGUGGUCAACCAGAUCGAGUAUCACCCUUACCUGCAGCAUGAGGGUGGGUUGGUUGAUUUCUGUCGCGAGAAAGGCAUUGCCGUCGAGGCGUACGCGCCUCUGUCGGCGGUGACGAGGGCCGCGCCUGGUCCGGUCGAUGCAGUGUAUGAGCGGGUUGCGAAAAAGUAUGGCGUCACCACCGGGGAGGUGGCGUUGAGGUGGUGUUUGGACCAGGGGAUUGUUACUCUGACGACGAGUUCGAACGAGGAGAGGCUGAAGGAGUGGAUGCAGCGCCUGCCGCUGUUCAAGCUAACGCCGACGGAGGUGGAGGAGAUCGCUACGAAGGGAAGGGAGAAGCAUUACAGGGCUUUCUGGAUGGAGAAGUUUGCUCAGGGCGAUCGUCGUUGAGCAAGGCUGAUUGAGCGGAGCGACGACAUCAUGUCAAUGUACGAUGAUAUAGCGUUGAUUGUGAAAGCGAAGAUUGAGU